UUACCUGGGUAAUGUGCUUUUCAUAGUGACUGUGACAGGGCAACUGUCACACUACCUCACACACAGUGUCACAUACUUAUAGUCACACAUACAGUCUCUGUCUCACACACACUCCCAUUCACAUACAUAUCACACACUGACAUGAACUCACACACCCUUAGCACAAGGACGCUGGGAUGGUCCAUACACUUCUUAGUAUAUAGGCUGCGUGCAUUCCGAAGUGACACCUGAAAGCCAUGAGUCCACGCUGACGACAAAGAUGUUUGGAUCAGAGUCUUUGCUGUAUAAACUCCACAAGUGCUUCCCAUUCCUUCUCAUGUGAUUCCUGUCCUGAGCUGUCAGACCAGAAGCAUCUACCAUCUCUCCCAGUUCUAGGAGAAGCCCCCUGACAGCCACCCUGCCCGCUUGGGGAUGUGCUCAGUGCAUGGGACAGGCCUGAGGAAGAGGGUUCGGUUGCAGCAUCUACUACCAGGAAUUUACCUACAAAACCUUUUACUCCCCAUCACGCUUACAGGCAGAGUGGUCACUGUGUCUAGUAUAACGAGCUUCAUAGUUCUUAACAACUGCAGCUCAGAACUUCAGCAGAAGUUCAGAAGUGAGACUAUCACAGAGGAGGAGCUGGUGGGGCUCAUGAACAAGUUUGUGGAAGACACAAAGAGCGGGGUACACAGGAAGGAAGGCUGCCCUGAUAUGAAAGUACUCACAUAUGGAGUGUCAAAGAUGGGUAUCACUGUCCUGUCCAGAAUCCAUGCCAGGAAACUGAGUGAGCAGAGGAGGGGAGACAGGAUCCUUCUGAAUGCCUGCUGCCCUAGGUGGGUGAGAACAGACAUGGGUGGACCUACAGCCAUUAAAAGCCCAGAAGAAGGAGCAGAGACCCCCAUCUACUUGGCCCUUUUGCCCUCAGAUGCUAAGGGGCCUCACGGGGAGUUUGUAAUGGAGAAUAAAGUUGAACAAUGGGGACCCCCCCUCUCAGUUCCCUCCAUGGGUCCCGUUAUGAUACUUCCAUGAUAUGAACAAAAGGACUACACUGUUAACAAUGUUCAUAUCAGAAGAAGUAGAAGAAGAAGGAGGAGGAAAAGGAGGAGGAGGAAGAAUCACUGUCCAUAUUGAGGACUUAUAUUGAAUUGGCUACUAAUUCUGGGAAGUCUUUUGUGAUUUCUUCUGUGAUAUAUGAGAAGAAAAAGUGGAAUUAAUGCCAACCAACAAUGAAUGAAUAUCAUAGAUGAAUAAACAACUAUAAGUA